GUCCUUCUGGCAUUCCUGGGGCGGGCCACCCCAACCAGCCACGCGUGCCCUACUCCAGUGAUUCCCCGGCUCCUGGUCCAGCAUUCUCACUGGCCUCCUCGUUCCUGGGAAGAUGUUCCUGGUGGGCCUCACAGGGGGCAUUGCCUCAGGCAAGAGCUCGGUGAUCCAGGUGUUCCAGCAGCUGGGCUGUGCGGUGAUUGAUGUUGACGUCAUUGCCCGCCAUGUUGUCCAGCCUGGAUACCCUGCCCACCGGCGCAUUGUGGAGGCCUUUGGCACUGAGGUUUUGCUGGAGAAUGGUGACAUCAAUCGCAAGGUCCUGGGGGACCUGAUCUUUAACCAGCCUGACCGGCGGCAUCUGCUCAACACCAUCACCCACCCUGAGAUCCGCAAGGAAAUGAUGAAGGAGACCUUCAAGUAUUUCCUCCGAGGAUACCGCUAUGUGAUCCUGGACAUCCCCCUGCUGUUUGAGACCAAGAAGCUGCUCAAGUACAUGAAGCACACGGUGGUGGUGUACUGUGACCGGGACACACAGCUGGCGCGGCUGAUGCAGCGGAACAACCUGAACCGGGAGGACGCAGAGGCCCGGAUCGAGGCCCAGCUGCCCCUGAAGGACAAGGCCCGCAUGGCCCGCCAUGUCCUAGACAACUCGGGGGAGUGGAGCAGCACCAAACGCCAGGUCAUCCUCCUGCACGCCGAGCUGGAGCGCUCCCUGGAGUACCUGCCCCUGAGGCUCGGGGUCCUGACAGGUCUAGUGGGCCUUGCCAGCCUCCUCUACCUGCUCACCCACUACCUCCUGCCCUCCCCCUAGCCGGGCACUCCCAACGCAUGCAGCACCAGGCCUUGGUCUCCUCAGAGGCUGAAGCAGGUAACAAAUGCUUCCUGUUUCCUCCCAAGCCCAUCAACACACACACACACACACACACACACACAC